GUGUUGGUGACUUUAUGUGUGGGUGUGUGUGAGUGUAAAAGAGAGAGAGAGAGAGAGAGACACACAGAGGUUGUGAGUCUGCCUCCGUGAGUGAAGAAGACGCUGCUGUGAGUGAUGGCUCUUUUGCAUUAGCACUUAUGUGGACAGGAGAGUUGGAGGCAGUUGUUUUGUGGGACUCACGGAGAAUGGCAAACCCAACGGUCUCCUUGGAAACAUCCAACUAAGUGACAAUGGCCGAGGCUAUCUGCUGCACUUUGGUGAACUGUAGCUGUGAUAACUUCAAACCUGGGAAGCUGAAGAGGAGGCAGUGUGAAAACUGCAAGCAUGGAUGGGUCGCACAUGCCUUGAGCAAACUGAAGGUGCACCAAAUGUACCAGAGCAGCCAGGUGGAGAUUGUGCACUCCAAUGUGGUGUUCGAUAUCUGCAGUCUGAUGUUGUAUGGAACACAAGCCAUACCUAUCCGCCUCAAGAUUCUCCUGGACCGCCUUUUCUCCGUCCUCAAGCAGGAGGAAGUCAUCCAAAUCCUUAACGCUCUUGACUGGACACUGCAGGACUACAUACGGGGAUAUGUGCUUCAGGAUGUAGCUGGAAAGGUGCUGGACCGGUGGGCCAUAAUGACAUUCGAAGAGGAGAUUGCCACGCUGCAGCAGUUCUUGCGUUUUGGUGAAACUAAAUCCAUAGUGGAACUCAUGGCUUUGCAGGACAAAGAGGGACAGGCGGUGUUGGUUCCCAGCACCCGCACCAGCUCAGACAUCCGCACCUUCAUCGAGCGCAACACUCCCCGCGCUGCCGCCAACCUCUCAGCGUCCAAAGCUGAAAAGAUGAGCAGCAGUAGCAUGCACCACUUUGAGAACUUUAUCAACAGUAUGGCCUUCAUGCUUCCAUUUCAGCUCUUAGGCUCUGUGCCAACGCCAAUUCUUGGAUCAUCAACGGGGCCCUUGCAACAGGGGCACCAGCAGCAUCCCCAGCAGCCAUGUGGCGUUUCAGCGGAGCACCAGAAACAAGAAGAUAUGGGGAGGAAGAGUCUACGGAGGGACAACCCCCUUCCCCUUUCAAAUCUUUCAGAGAGCAACCUGCUAAGUUGUAGCUCCAUCUCGUUCACGGCUGAUUUAGUCCGCAGUGAGGAAAAGCAAUUGGAGAACCUUUUGAUCAACGCAAAGAUCGAAGCUGAGGACUUCUCGACCAGUGACAACUAUUCCGACGCCCCCUCCACACCAUGCACACCAUCCAUGAGCUCCGAUGUCACACAGAUGUCACCCGAGGGAAAGGUACGCUCUCUGGGCAGCAGCAGUGGAGGAAUCUCAGGGAACGGAGGCUCGUUGAAGAAGGGGCGUGUGUUUUGCAAUGCUUGCGAGAAGACAUUCUAUGAUAAAGGCACGCUGAAGAUCCACUACAACGCAGUGCACUUAAAGAUUAAGCACAAGUGUACCAUCGAGGGCUGCAACAUGGUCUUCAGCUCUUUGCGUAGUCGCAAUCGCCACAGUGCCAACCCAAACCCCAGGCUACACAUGCCCAUGAACCGAAACAACCGGGACAAAGAUCUACGGGGCAACUCAUCUGCUGAUGAGAGCUCUCAAGGAGAGAAAAAGCCUGAACCAAGCAAUCCCAUCUCCGCGUGUUCUGCAGACAGCCAUAAGUCAGUGCCAAGUUACAUGGUGAGCCAUGCAGACAAUGGCCCGAAACUCCACAGCAGCUCAUUUUCUACCAUUGGCCAGAGCGGUAUUCUAUUCUCUAACUUAAAAACAGUACAGCCGGUCUUGCCUUUCUACAGAAGCAUGGUGACGCCAGAGGAACUCGCCAACACUCCAGGAACACUACCUUCCCUUCCUCUUUUGUCGUCUUCUGUACCUGUCAAGCCCAUCACAGGACUUGAACCCUGUAUGACUGAUCCCAUACCAAAGAAAAAAUCUCGUAAGUCGAGUAUGCCAAUAAAAAUAGAGAAGGAGAUUGUUCCACACGAUGAGCAGAUGGAUAAUGGAGGCAGCUCUGAGGACGACGUUUCUUUACAGGGCAGGGAUAAACAGAAGUGCAGUGGUAGCCAAGCAGAGGAGCUUACGUGUACAAAACAGUCCGACGAGCUGAAGGAGGCAAGAACAGCCUAUACUGGUGAAGACAAUGAAUGGAGUGGGACCAAACGUUUGAUGGACCAGAUGUUAGACAAAGACGUGAUCAAGAGGGAAAGCAAAGACGAUGACUCAAGGCAACAUGAAACCGGAGUAAUAACCUACUCAACAUCCCCAAAUGAAAGCAGGCCAACUGAAUAUCACUACGACAACUUUCCUUGCCUGGAAUCCAAUGGAAGUGCGGAGAGGAUAAACAGAGAAAAUACAAAAUCCCUGUCUACUCAUGAUCCGAUUUUAAAUCUCAUAUCGGACGAAGGCGACCACAGGCUAAAUAAUGGGGCUGGUCUCCAUCUCACAGAUAGGAGAGGACUUGAUAUAUGUGCAGAUGACAAUGAUUUUGAGCUGCUUCAGCUUGAUACCGACGCUGACCUGCCACAGCACUGUGACCUAUGCAGUAAGACCUUUAAAAACCCAUACUGCAUCAAGCUGCAUUACCAAAACACCCAUUUGAAGGAGAUGCACAUGUGUACAGUGGAUGGCUGCAAUGCUGCUUUUCCCUCCCGGAGGAGCCGAGACAGGCACAGCGCAAAUUUGAACCUGCACCACAAGCUGCUGACCAAAGACUCACUACGCCCACCCAAUAGCCUAUACUCACCCCCACCACACUGCAGAGACAAAGACUCAGUGGGCCUAGGUUACUGCCAAGACCAGUGGGAUGGUGAUUUGCCUCAUCAAGAUCCAACCAGUCAGAAAUCCGUCAUCAUCCGACGGUUCAACCGCAUGGGUCUGGUGUUCCCCAUGAACAAAAUUCCCUCUGCGCAGGACAGCACCGAGGCGUCUCCCUCGGAAGAAAUCGAAGGAUUAGAAGAAGGGAAAGCUGGAAAUAGGGAUGAGGGGGCCAUCCUGGACCUGAGCACCUCUACCCCUGCCCAGGCCAGAAACAGCAGCGUGCAAUCUUCCUGGGACUCGGAUGGCGUGGGCAGUGAGGAAGGGGAGGUGGCCGAGGAGGAAGGGGAGGCCCACCCCAUGGACGACAGCGACGAGAGCUGCGACGGCCUCGGCGUCGGGAGGCGUGAGAGUGAAGACCUGGCACUGGAGGGAGAGAAGAACCUGGCCUGUUGUGGCGGGGGGCAGAACGACCUCCCGGGAGGCGUGGGUGGAUCUUCGAUAACCUGCCAUAUCUGUCAAAAGGUGUACAGCAACAAGGGGACGUUCCGAGCCCAUUACAAGACUGUGCAUCUGCGGCUGCUUCACAAAUGUAAAGUCCCCGGCUGCGACACGUCUUUCUCCUCUGUACGAAGCAGGAACAGGCACAGCCAGAACCCGAACCUCCACAGGAACCUGUGCGCUAAGGCAGGCUUGGACGGUAAGUUCCAGGCCCGCUGCUCUGAGAGGAAAAGUCUCGCUGCUGCCUUCUGUCCGGCAGCAGCCUCUGGUCUGACCACAGCUCCUCGAUAG